AUGCGUCGGAACGUGUGCCAGAAGGGUUUCCGACGCAUUACAAGCGUCGGAAGACAUUUAGCGACGCACGCCAAAUCGGCGGAGAAAAAUCCAACGGAAAUGCGCCGGAACCGAGGAUUUCCGUUGGAUAUAACGGAUUACCAGCGGAUACUGUCCGCCGGUAACAACGUGUUUUCCUGUAGUAUUUUUGCUCCGGCUUCUUCUUCCACCCCUAAAGUUUUCAACUUCACUCAUCACCCGUCAGAACCAGACAUCAUCCCCUUCUCUAGUGAGACUCUAGCUAAAGGGGGUGAUGACUGGAGCUUAUGCCUUGUCAGUUAUUCCAUUGGCCGAAGGCCCUUCUAUGAAGCGCUUUUGGGAGCAUUAAACAAAACGUGGGCUCUAAAAGAUUUUGACAUGGCUUGGUCAAAAGGGGUGUGGUUCAUGCUUGGUAAACCUUUUGUUCUUCAAAAAUGGCACCCCAAAUUUAAGCCAAAGAGGGAGAACUUCUCUUUGGUUCCAAUUUGGGUUAAAAUUCAUGAUUUUCCAUUAGCCUGCUGGAAUUCAGAGGGAAUUUCUAGAAUUGCUAGUAAGAUUGGUGUACCCUUAGUGGCUGAUCAUCUCACAGAGCUAAAAAGUGGUCUCACCUUUGCCCGCGUUUGUGUCUUGGUUGAUUGUAAUGCCACUUAUCCUAAAGUUAUUAAAGUUUCUUUGGAUGGGGAUGUUGUUGAGCUCAAGCUGGUAACGAUCCUAUUGCUUCAAAACCUUUCUCUCGUGGAAGGAGUUUCAGCAAGAAACCUACAAACCGUUUCCAUUCCAGACCCCCCUCGGUCUGAGUCCAAACCUAAGGAUGCUUCCACCUCUGCCCCGACUGUUGCUAACUUAACCUCCACUACUCCUCUCCACACCAACAGUAUCGAUCAACCUCUACAUUACCAAGCUCAUUCACCUCCCCCACCCUCCUUUACAGGGAAUUUUCAAGUUACUGGUAAUGCUGAAACCAUUCCUCCCACUAUGCCGCAUUCUACAGAGGGCAUUCCUAAAGAAGCUACUUUAUCUGAUUCCAUCGUGGCUAGCAUCCCUAACCUUAAUAUCCCUACUGAAGAACACUCGGCUUCUUCAUGCUAUAUUUUGGCCACCACUAAAAAACCAUCCACUAGUAUCACCUCUCCCAAUAAAUUUGAGAUUUUAAAUUCUCAAAUUGUCAUAGAUCCGCAAGAGAAUUUUGUUUCAAGUAGUGACUUGAUUGAUCAUUUCACCAAACAGCCGGGCAAAGGCAAGAAGCAAGCUACUUCAGAAAUUUCCAAAAAAUCUGCAAAGGGAAAGCAGAGUCGGAUUUGGAUUAAAUGGAAUGCUAGCAAACUGACUUUUGUUCCUUCUAUGGUGACUCCUCAGAUGAUUAGCGGCAUGGUUAAGAUUGGUAAUCAAUCACCUUUUCAGUUUUCUUUUGUCUAUGCUUCCAAUAAUGCUUAUGAUAGGAAAGCCCUUUGGAAUUCUAUCAGUAUGGCUGUUCCUUCUAAUGGUAUUCCGUGGGCAAUUGCUGGAGAUUUUAACUGUUGUCGCUAUGCUAGUGAAAAAUCUGGUGGUUCUGUGCUUCACCAUUCCAAUUUGAUUGAUAUCAACUCUAUGAUUUUUGAUAAUAAUCUGGUAGACUUACACUAUGUGGGAAGUUUCUUUACAUGGUUUAAUCAGCAAGCAGACAAUCCAAUUCUUAUUAAGUUGGAUAGAGCCCUUGUAAAUGAGGAAUGGGUGAUGUCUUACCCAAAAGCUUAUUGCUCCUUCCAGAGCCCGUCCUGCUCGGACCACUCUCCUAUUAUCUUUCACUCGGGCCUAAAUUUUAUUACUCAUCACAGAAAUCCUUUAUCUCACCUUUGUAACACUCUGAGGCAAUUAAAAGGUGAUAUUAAAAAGCAACAAUGGGCUAACUCUCAAUCCAUCAAUAUGCAACUUGACACCCUGCAUGCCAAGCCACUGGAUCUUUUAGCUCUUCUCCAACUCAAUCCGUUGGAUGCUUCUCUUGGGGCCUCCCUUAAAGAAAUCAAUUCCAAAAUUACUGCUGCUUCCUCCUUGCAAGCUAACUGGGUUAUUCAAAGAGCCAAGACUAAAUGGCUCAUCCAUGGUGAGGAUGAUCUUAAAUUUCUUUAUGCCAAAAUCAGGAAUCGGAAAGACUUCUAUGCUAACCUUCAUAUUUCUCCUAUUUUGGAUGAAGAAAUUAAAACAGCUGCCUUUAAGGGAUAUUCUAACUCUACCCCGGGGCCAGAUGAUUUCAAUUAUCACUUUUACAAAUCUAGAUGGCACAUCAUUGGUCCCCAAGUCUGCAAUGCCAUCAGAUACUUCUUCCUCAAGGGUCAUACUCCUAGUGGGGUUAAAGCUACAACUCUUGCUAUUAUUCCUAAGCACAGAAAUGCAACUUAUAUUACUGAUUAUAGGCUUAUAUCUUUGUGUAACACUCUUUACAAAAUCAUUGCAAAGAUUAUUGCUUGA